AUGCAGGCAGUCCAGGCAGGAGGCAGACAGGGAGGAGGAGGCGACAGCAGCUCUAAGGGGAGGGGGCGAAGGCAGGGACAGAGAGACCAGAGGAGGCAGGAGAGGGAAGAGCAGCAGGAGGGCAAGGCCAACAGGGGGAUAGCAGGGCAGACAAGAGGGAAAGGCCAGCAAGCAGGGAAACAGUGGGAGAGGAGCCUGGCAAAAGGGCCAAGAGCCACAGGGUACCACAGUGGGACGGGUAAGACACAGGGACCUAGCAUCGAGCAGCAAGGCAGGGAGAGUAGGGUUGAAUGUGCGAUCAUCAGAGUUUUGUUGCGUACGUCUACGAUGGCAGACCCCACAAGCAAGGGGGGCCACAGAGGCCACAAGGAGGGAGUAGAGGGCGGAGGGCAGGGGCGUAGGCAGGGACAGACAGGAGCAAUGAGGGGGGGCAAGGAGUAG